AUGCAAAACUGGGAUGCAGCACUUGACGAUUUGAACCGACUUCGUGAGUUUAUCGAUAGCAAUGCCGCCUUCAACUCUUCCUUGCAGUCUCUUCAGCAAAGGGCUUGGUUCGUUCACUGGUCUUUGUUUGUUUAUUUCAAUCACCCGAAGGGUCGGGACCUCAUCAUCGAUUUAUUUCUCUAUCAGACCAACUAUCUGAAUGCCAUCCAGACAGUGUGUCCCCAUAUUUUGAGAUACUUGACUACAGCUGUCAUCACUAACAAAAGCCGCCGCCGACAGGUACUGAAGGACUUAGUUAAAGUCAUACAACAAGAAUCGUACACUUUCAGAGAUCCAAUAACAGAAUUUGUGGAGUGCCUCUACGUGAAUUUUGACUUUGAUGGUGCCCAACAGAAACUGCGAGAAUGUGAAACCGUUCUUAUCAAUGAUUUCUUCUUGACUGCAUGUUUGGAUGAUUUCAUUGAGAAUGCUCGCCUGCUCAUCUUUGAAACUUUCUGUCGCAUUCAUGAGUGCAUCAGUAUCAGCAUGCUAGCCGAAAAGCUGAACAUGACCCCAGAUGAAGCUGAACGCUGGAUUGUCAACCUGAUCCGCAAUGCCCGGCUUGAUGCAAAGAUCGACUCCAAGCUUGGUCAUGUGGUCAUGGGCACUAAGGCUGUGUCCCCCUAUCAGCAGCAAAAUUGGUCUUUGCUUUUCUUUCUUCUUUUUCUUCUUUGCUUUUCUUUCUUCUUCUUUUUCUUCUUUGCUUUUCUUUCUUUUUCCUCUUUUUCUUCUUUGCUUUUCUUUCUUUUUCCUCUUUUUUUUCUUUGCUUUUCUUUCUUUUUCCUCUUUUUUUUCUUUUUUUUCCUUUUUUUUUCUUUCUUUUCUUUUUCCUUUUCUUUUCUUUUUUUUAUUUUUUCCUUUCUUUGCUUUUCUUUCUUUUCCUCUUCUUUGCUUUUCUUUCUUUUCCUCUUCUUUGCUUUUCUUUUCUUUUUUUUCCUCUUCUUUGCUUUUCCUUUUUUUUCUUUCUUUUUCCUCUUCUUUGCUUUUCUUUCUUUUUCCUCUUCUUUGCUUUUCUUUCUUUUUCCUCUUCUUUGCUUUUCUUUCUUUUUCCUCUUCUUUGCUUUUCUUUCUUUUUCCUCUUCUUUGCUUUUCUUUUCUUUUUUUUUUCUUUCUUUUUUCUUUUCUUUUUUUUCUUUCUUUUUCCUCUUCUUUUCUUUUUUUUCCUCUUUUUUUUUCUUUUCUUUUCUUUCUUUGCUUUUUUUUUCUUUUCCUCUCUUUUUUUUUCUUUUCUUUUCCUCUUCUUUUUUCUUUCUUUUUGUUUUUUCUUCUUUUUUUUCUUUUCUUUUCUUUCUUUUUUUUUUUUUCUUUCCUCUUUUUCCUUUUUUUCUUUUUUUUUCUUUGCUUUUCUUUCUUUUUCUUCUUCUUUUCUUUUCUUUCUUUUCUUUUCUUUUCUUUUUUUUCCUUUCUUUUUUUUUUUCUUUUUCCUUUUCUUCCUUUUUUUUCUUCUUUCUUUUUUUUCCUUCUUUUUCUUCUUUGCUUUUCCUUCUUUUUCUUCUUCUUUGCUUUUCCUUCUUUUUCUUCUUUGCUUUUCCUUCUUUUUCUUCUUUGCUUUUCCUUCUUUUUCUUCUUUUUUUUUCUUUUUCUUCUUUGCUUUUCUUUCUUUUUCUUUUUGCUUUUCUUUUAAAUCCUCUUCUUUGCUUUUCCUUCUCCUCCUUCUUUUUUUUUUUUCUUCUUCUUUUUCUUUUCUUUCUUUUUCUUCCUCCUCCUUCUUUUUUCUUCUUCUUUUUUUCCUUCUCCUCCUUCUUCCUUCUUCUUCUUCUUUUUGCUUUUCCUUCUUCUCCUUCUUCUUUGCUUUUCCUUCUCCUCCUCCUUCUUCUUCUUCUUCUUCUUUGCUUUUCCUUCUCCUCCUCCUCCUCCUCCUCCUUCUUCUUCUUCUUCUUUGCUUUUCCUUCUCCUUUGUCUUACUGA